AUCUACUUCAUUAUCAUAAAAAAAUAUUAUCAAUAAGUAUAUCAACCGUAUCUUAUCACGCACAGUAAAUAAUAAAGUGCAGUGUAUAACCAUUUGCACUUGUGUUCGCGCGUGUUAUCAGUAGCGAAAAGAUUGCAUUUUCAAACAAGCUUAUCAAGCGGUUGAAACAAUUGUCGGUAAUUAGACGUGUUUAAGUUUUUAAUACGUGUUUAUCGUUAAUUUUAGUGUAAGGUCUAUAUUGCGGUGUUGUUAUUCUUGCUUGUAUCAAGUUGGUUUGUUUCUUCACUUUUGAGAAUACAAAACAACAAACAUGUUCAGAUAAUUGCAUCAAUUAAGUAGAUUAGGAAAUAUGGCGAAGUUCAUAAAAUCCAUCUUCCACAACUCUGAUAGAAGGAGGUCUUCGAGAUAUGAAGAAUCAGAGGACGAUAAGCCAAAUGCGGCACCGCCAUUAGAUGGAAGAAGAAAGUUAUCUAUAUCAAGAUCUGGCAGAAUGAGACAAGCUAAUAGAAAACGUCACUCAUUGUCUUUAGAAUUGUAUAACCAUGAAAUACAAAUGACUGAAAAGAUUAAAUCAAAUGAAUAUCAUACGAAUAAUCAGAAGCAGACAGUUAUUGAUAUUAACCAAACCACAAACUUCUCAACUCAACUGAAUCAAUCAACAGAAAUUAAAACUCCUGAAGAAGAAAUCGACAUCGCGUUCGAAAUAAUUGAGAAGAUAUAAGUAAGCUUGUGAAUUAUUGAAUUAUUUAGAUGAUAAUAAUAAUAUAAGCGAAGUACAUAUUAUACGUUAGUAACGUAUACAAUUACGCUAUAAAUAGCAAGUCUCCAUUUAUAUAUAAAUCAAUUAUCAAACGCAACAUAAGUAGGCAGAUAACUAUAAAGUUUUAUUUUGGUAAAUUUUUAAAUGAUGAAUUAAAAAAUGCUAAGAAUAUUUACCAGAGUUAAUUGUUAUUUGAAAUUAGAACAAACAAUAAACGGUAUUUUUUUUUUAAAUCAGGAACUGAAUGUCAAACCAGCUUGCCUCAUGCGCUUAAGAUUAAAUUUUGCGCUAUACUUUAGGCGCUGGUGACAAUACAAUCUAUAACAAUAUAAUUUUCUCAAAACUGAAAUGAAUCAUUCGAAUUUUAAACGUCAAGUCUGUAUCAAGAGGCUAAGUUCCAUUUUAAUAAUUUAUGUGAAUAUUACGCACUGAAAACACAUCUGUCAAUUUAAACUCAAAAUACUACAAAGUAAUAAGUAAUUUGUCCUCUAUCAUUUUAGACAACGUGUACGUGUUACUGGACUUUGAUUUUAUAUUAAAUUAACUAAAAUAACUAAAUUCAACAAUUGUCGGUCAAUUUAGUCGAUAUUUUUAAUAUGUCGGUCAAAAUAUGACGGCAACUGUUAAUUUAUUAUUAUAUUAUUUUUUUUUUUUUUAAUUGACGCCUGCUAACUUUCUUAACAUUCUUUAUUGUGAGAACUGGUUUCGUCUUCGGUUUUUCGACAUUUGUACUAUCUUUGCUAUAUAAUAUUCCCACUUAUAAUAUUUUCUUGAUAAUAUCAUAUCAAUUACGUCACACAUCUGUUAUCAAUGUUAGUGUCUCUAUUCUAAGCACAUUUGAAAGAUGUCAUUAUUAUCAUUUUAGAUUAUUACAAUAGUUAUAAGUGAAAAUAUCCAUAUAAAUUAAAUGUAUACAUUUUAAUUUACUAAUUAAAAAAAAUGGGUGCUAGUUCGUCGAGAUCAGGAGACAAAUUCUACUAAUAUAUAAAAGUUACGAUAGGAUCCCGAUUCUAUUGCCCUACAACUUUGGCAACUCAACGGGAUCGUUGUGUUAAUAUAAUAGGAAAACGGUUAACAGAUAAAGUGACAAUAUUUGAUUAGAAUUCCAAGUUUACCGAAUGCCACCUAUUCUACAGUCAAAAUUCUAAGUUCCGGAUUGUAAACUGAGUGAAAUAUUGUAAUUACAGUCACGUAGGACAUCCUUACAUGUCAUGUAUAUGGGAAAAUUAUAACAUUUUCGAUGAUUUUGUGAUUUGAACGGUUCCUGUUAUAAUUUAAAAAAAAGAACUGUUUCUAUUUUAAUCAUUGACUACAGCGUGGCGAUUGUAAUCAUAAUUAUUGAUUAUAGUAGUUUAAUUGUAUUGUCAUGUACCUACUACAAUUACUAAAAGAUAUCUAGUAAUCAUAAGUACGUAAACAUUUGUUACAAAUAAAAUAUAACACAUAGCUAUUCAUUAUUAUGUAUAAACAACUUUUGUAUUUUGCAACUAUUUGCGUUAAGAUAAAUAUUUAUUAAUAUUACUUAACGUUUUUUCAUUAUAAAUAAUCGCAAACGGCGAUUCACAUUCAUCCCAUAUAGUUAUAAAAAAUCAUUAAGUAAAGUUGAAAUUAUAACGUUAUGAUGUAGUUUUUA